AUGAUUACGACUCUUGUGCCGCGAAGUGGGUGGCUUGCGAGAAAAAUAGCUCUGCGAAGCUAUGGAAGUGGUUUAGCUAUAACCAGCCUGAGUUUGGGCUUUUGGAACGGGUCGAGAGGCGGCGUUCGCCAUUAUUACGAGAAAAGUGGAGGUUAUUCCAACAGAGGCUCCAGAAACUCCAGAGGACCAAGAGAGGGAUAUAAGAGGAAUAUGGAUGGCCGUCGUGGAAGAAGAAUAGAGGAGCCACGCGAUGAAGCAGCGUCAUUGCUAAAAUCGUCUAGAAUCAGCAAUAUCGUACAAGUGCCACUGGAGGAAAAUGCGCAAGAGAUCACUCUUGACGCGCUUCACGACGAAGGCAUCAUUCAAAAAGACCUGCACAAGGCUGUUGCACGCAUGGAUUUUGCCAGCUUGACGCCUGUGCAGCAAAAAACUAUCAAACCCAUUCUCACCACAGAAGACGACGUUAUCGCGCGCGCGAAAACUGGAACAGGUAAGACGCUGGCGUUUCUCGUCCCAAUUUUCGAGCAUCUAAUCAAGACCCGUAAGGAAUCAUCCAACAUGGUGAAAUGUGUUAUUGUGGCCCCAACAAGAGAUCUAGCUUUGCAGAUUGACUCGGAAAUCUUGAAGCUACAAAAAAAUAACUUUGCUUUGAAAAAAUUCGGCUCAAUUGCCUUGAUUGGUGGUAGUAACUUCCAAGUAGCUAUCAAAAAGAUGUUCAAGGAUCGUCCCAAUAUCGUGGUUGCGACUCCGGGGCGUCUCAUCGAUGUGUUGUCGAAGUUCAGCAACCAGUUCUUCAAAAAUGUUGAUUUUAAAAUUCUUGACGAAGCAGACAGACUAUUGGAAAUUGGGUUCGACGAAGACCUACGCAAUAUUUCCAAGACGUUGAAUGGUAUAAAUGAAACGGGCCCAGAACACAUCAGAACUUUGCUGUUCUCCGCGACUCUGGGUGACAAUGUCCAAAAACUUGCAGGCGGGAUAAUGAAUCGCGAACAAUGUUUGUUCAUAGAUACCGUGAACAAAAACGAGCCAGAAGCACACGAGAAAAUUGAGCAAACACUAGUGAUUUCCGACACGUUUGCUCAUAACAUGUACGCUCCAAUUUCGGCCAUGAAAGCCCGUUUGGACAGCAAUGCUCCUUUCAAGGCCAUUCUUUUUGUCCCCACUGUCAAAUUCACAAAAUUCUACAGCACUGUGUUGCAGAGAAUGUUCCCCUCAUUGCCGGUACAUGAAUUUCACGGUAAAGUGGAUCAGAAGAAGAGAACGAGGAUGGUGCAGGUUUUCAAGCGUGCUGAAGAAGGUAUUUUUGUUUGCACAGAUGUGGGGGCGCGUGGUAUGGAUUUUCCCGAUGUAGAGGAAGUUUAUCAAUUGGGUGUUCCAUCUGAGAUAUCCAACUACAUCCACCGUAUUGGAAGAACAGCUCGUGGUGGUAAGGAAGGUAAGGCAUCGAUCUAUCUUUUCAAAGACGAGCUUUCUUUCAUCGACACACUGGCCGCCGAAAAGAAUGUUAACGUCAAGAAUCAGCGCGAUUUUGUUCCGGACGAGAAUGACGCAGCAGAAUUUCAAAGAUGCCUGCGGGACGAGUUUCUUUUCUCAGAAGGUCUGGAGUCCAUGCUUUCGUUCUAUAAGAAUUGCGAACAGGCAUAUGGGUUCCGCAUGCCUAAGAUUGCUCGUCAAAUAGCCGGCGCUUAUGGUGAGAGUUUACUUGACACCACUCAGAAGCUUCGAGUGAGUCGUGAAACUGCCAGCAUGCGGUACGGACUACGAGGCAGGAUUGUUGAAGAGCUUUUUGACACUGGGGCUUCAAGGCGGAGAGACUCUUAUGACGAUUACGAGAACAAUUCAAGAUCCAGUCGUGAUAGGUUUGAGUCCCGUGGCAAGAAUUAUAGAGAAACACGCGGCCGUUGGGACUCCAAAAACGACAAUAGAAGAUUCGACGACAGACGUGCCCGCUCCAGUUACAGCGGCCACAACCCCAGAUUGGAUUAA